ACAUUUAUGUCUCAGUUUGGCGACUUCAAUCGGAGCCUUUUGCUUUUAGAAUGCGUCCUGGAGCGCGUCCUCCUCCUCCUCCUCCUGCGCCUCUUCUUCUCCUCCUCGGUGUUGUGCGGUCCUCUCUGUGUUUCAUAGUUUUCCUGCACUGUGUCGAGGCUGCUGCUGUAUCUGAAGGCGGUGUUUACAAUGGAGAAAAGACACAGGCUUCACCGAGGAGCAUCCUCCAGCACGUACAGAGUUAUGAGAUUACUUAUCCCAUUUGGCUGCAUCCGCUCAGACACAAGCGGUCUGCCAACAAAGAGCACCCAGCAGAGGAACAGGUUCUGAUCUCAGCUGAGGGUCAGGAGCUCCGACUACACCUGGAGAGAAAUGAGCAGCUGUUGGCUCCUGGAUAUCAGGAAAUAUGGUACACGCCGGCUGGAGCUCGCAAGUCCUCUUCACCCGCCAACACUGGACACUGUUUCUACCACGGCGAGGUUGUGGGCAUGGAGGGUUCCAGCGUUGCUGUCAGCACUUGCUCAGGACUCAGGGGACUGAUUUCUCUGAACGCAAGCGUCAGCUACCUGAUAGAGCCUCUUCCUACUUCCGCGGAUGCUCAGCAACAUGCAGUGUUCAGAGCCGAGAGCCUCCACCUACCCGGGGGUAGCUGCCUCCAUCACCAUGGCAACAGUGAGCACGAGGACAGGCUUAAUGACUUCUUCCAUGGAAUGAUGUCACCGCGGAGGGAGAAAAGGGAACUAAAUCAAAAUAUGAAGUAUGUGGAGCUUCUGAUAGUGGCGGACAAGGCCGAGUUUGAGAAGCACGAAAGCGAUCUCGAGAAGACCAAACUAAAAUUACUAGAAGCUGCCAACUUGGUUGACAAGUACUACAAGGCUUUGAGUAUUCGCGUGGCGUUAAUCGGUCUAGAGGUUUGGACCAGCCAGGACAUGAUCAGCGUGUCUGAUAACCCACACGGCACCCUGGCAGCGUUCCUGUCUUGGAGACGCAAACAGCUCCACGCUCUCCCCAACGACAACGCUCAGCUUAUCACGGGGAGGCCGUUCCAGGGCACCACCAUCGGGCUGGCACCUCUCAAAGCCAUGUGCUCCGACUACCAGUCUGGCGGAGUGAACACGGACCACUCAGAUUUAGCAGUCGGUGUUGCUGCCACCAUGGCACACGAGAUGGGCCACAACUUCGGUAUGAGUCACGACAUUGCAGGCUGCUGCCAGGCGAAAGCAGAAGACGGAGGCUGUAUUAUGGCUGCUGCUACUGGGCAUCCAUUUCCACGCCUCUUUAAUGCUUGUAACAUGAAGGAGCUGAAGAGCUACCUGAGCUCCGGAGGAGGCAAGUGUCUCUUCAACUUGCCAAACACCAGAGCCAUGUACGGAGGGCAGCGCUGCGGUAACGGCUACCUGGAGGAUGGAGAAGAAUGUGACUGUGGAGAAGAAGAGGAGUGCACCAGUCCCUGCUGCAACGCCAACAACUGCACCCUGAAAGCCGGAGCUGAGUGCGCCCAUGGAGUCUGCUGUCAGGACUGCAAGCUGAAGAGCCCAGGUGUGCUGUGCCGCGCUCCCUCGGGGCCGUGUGACCUGCCCGAGUACUGUGACGGAAAGGCAGAGUCUUGUCCUGCUAACUUUUACUUGGUGGACGGCUCAGCGUGUGCAGGUGGGCAGGCGUACUGCUACACCGGCAUGUGUCUGACCCUGGAGCAGCAGUGUCGCUCCCUCUGGGGACGAGAUGGCCGUCCGGCCCCUGACCUGUGCUUUAAGAAGGUAAACGAAGCCGGAGACAUGUACGGGAACUGUGGCAAAGAUCUGCAGGGAAAAUACAGGAGCUGCAAGGAGAGGGAUGCUACAUGUGGGAAGAUCCAGUGUUUGGCUUCUGCCGCUAAGCCCAUUGAGAACAACGCAGUUCGCAUAGAAACCACAGUCAGUGUGGGCAGCAGGAAAUUCCAAUGUCUGGGGACGCACGUGUACAAGCUUGGCCAGGGGGACGAGGAGCCACAGACCGACACUCUGGAUCCAGGCCUGGUUAUGACGGGCACCAAGUGUGGUGUGGACUCGAUUUGCUUUAACGGAGAGUGCCGCAAUGCAUCUUUUCUGAGAGCCGAUGAGUGCAACGCCAAGUGCCACGGACAUGGACUGUGCAACAACAACCACAACUGCCACUGUGACCCGGGCUGGGCUCCUCCCCGGUGUGACCAGAAGGGGUCAGGAGGGAGCGUGGACAGUGGACCCGUCAUCAGCCACAGCAGUCUCCUUCCAGUCCUGCUCGUUCUGCCUCUGGCUCUCUUUGUGCUUUUGGCUGCUGUUGGACUUUGGUGCUGCUACCGACACAAACUGCGCCCACUGAAAGCAUCUGCUCCACCGCCAGUGCCAAACUGUUCGGUACCUAUUGAGGGAAAGCCUCUGUACACAGACGAUAAUGUCAACGGUCACACCAACCCAACAUUCUUACUGAAGAAACAAGAUUCGGACAACCUGGGGAAGUCCUCUCCUCGCCCGAGCCCGUCCUGCCCAGCUCGGCCCAGACACGCCAUCGUCCGUCCAGCAGUGAAGCCUCCUCCGAUACCAGCAUAUGCUGCCGAGCAAAAAGAGAAAACGCCGCCGCCCGCAGCUCCUACUCAGAGACAAUACUCUCCUCAGGAUUACACUCCUUCUCCUUUAAAGUCUGCCCAGGCUUCUCCUCCUCCUCCUUCAGGACCUUCCCUGGAUUCCAAAAACCAGCCACAGCCUUCAGCAAUACCCAAACACCGACCGGACCCCCCAAGCAGACCUCCACCGCCUUGUCCUGUCAACAGACCAUCAGGGGAACAGCAACAUGUGAAAGGCCUGCAGGUGACCGCUAACGCCCUGCAGAAAGGAAAAGCAGCUUUGGCUCCAUCUGCUGGACAGAAAAAGCCAAACAGAGCCUAAGCUUAGAGCUCAGGGAGGCACUGGGGACCACCACUUACAUCCAAUAAUGCACUGCCUCACGCUGUCGUUUCAGCAGCUAGCUGCAAAACUGUGGCACUGUGGAAUAAGAUGAAUACUUGACACUGUAUUUACACUGAUGUGCAUUGUGGGGAAAAUUAUACGAUUACCGCAAGCUACACAACGAUCACAAUGAGCAUGUUGUAAGUCUAAGAUUUAGGCUUCAUCAGUGUUUUGUAAAAUAGCCUUACAUGUGUCGCGCUUUAUUCACUUGAAGCAGCCAGAGCUGUGAAUUUUUUUCUUAUUUUAUCGUCUGAGAUAUCGAUGGAAAUGUGAAAAUGUUCGACAGCAGUGUUGAUGCACUGCUCCGGGAGUAUUUAUUCGCAAAGCAAAGAAAAAUGAAUGUUUACAGUGCAGCCUAUGUACCAAACACGGUGCCUCUUAAAGCGCAUCAGCUAUAAAGGGAUAUCUUAUAUUAAGAAAAGAUGCCAGUAGUGAAGUUUCUUACGCUUCUUGUGUGUGAAUAAAAAUGGGAUAGUAAUGGGUUGGAACUGGACUAACGGUAACCAGUGAAAGCCCUUAAACGCAUGCUGUAAGUAUACGCUUAUUGAUGAGGGAAACGUGUCUGAUGUGUAGCAGGAGAUGUGAGGGAUUUUUUUCAGUUUAUACGAUUUUUAUUUUCAUUAUUUUUUUAUUGUGGUGUUGCACUUGUAACAGUCAUUUAGUGGCCUAAAGGUGGCUGUUAAAAAAUCAUAUUGUCUUCACACAAAGUACCUACUAGGAGGAAGAUUAAAGUGUCUUUUCUUAGUUCUCUCGCUGGCAAAUCAAUGAUGAAAUUUUCUUUAUCUAAGGCAGCGUUUUAGAUCAUCUCACGUUAGGAGCGAAAAUGAAUCGUAGUUUUGUUUAUGUAUCAGUUCAACAUCCCUAAAUUGCUCCAGAAAUUCUAAUCAUGUCGUACAUAUGUCCAAAUAUGCUACUAAAACUGAUCCAGCUCCCUCUUGACCAAACUUCCGUGAUGCUACACGUCUAUCUGAGAAGGCCAUGUUGUAUGACUGCAGGUAAUGUAAAGUGAUCAAUUUGGCUUCAUCAUUAUUGUUGUUAUUAUUAUAAGGUACUUCUGAAAACCUUCGUCUGUUUGACAGCUUUGGGAACUGUGAUCUGUAAUAUGGAAUCUGUAAUAUGAAAAUACAGUGUGUCAGCUGCCAUGUUUGACCUUAUUAUCAGACCUAUGCAAACACACGGGCUGUGCAGCCCUGUGUCUGAAACUGGAACUCAAAUGUCGGAAAAUAAAAAGACUUUUUAACUGAG